AACUUGUAUGUCUGAAAAUACAAGCAACUAUUAUACCAACUGGCAAAAAACCGAGCAGGAAUAUAAAUAUUAUAAAACAAAUUCAUAUCGACAACGGUUAUAUCGUACAGAGAAACUACGAGAACUCAUCGAAGAAUUUAUAAAAUGCUAAUAACGAUUUUGUUGACAAUAUUUGCAUAUGUAUAUGCUAAUGGCGUGGAAUAUGAAGUACCCAGACCGACUAUCAAAGUGUUAGAACCUAGUGGGUUCAGAGUAAGCAUUCCAGAUGAGGAAGGUCUCCAGCUCUUCGCUUUCCAUGGUAGUAUAAAUAAACCAUUAGAAGGACUCGAAGCUGGAAGAUUUUCGAAAGAUAUUCUGAAGCCUACAAAUGGAAAAUGGGUGUUCGAAAACUACGAAGUAAAGUUAAACAAAGGUGAUGUAAUAUAUUACUGGUUAUUUGUUAUACGGAAUCAUCUCGGAUACAGAAAAGAAAAUGGAGUAUUUGAAGUAGGAGAUAUAACGAGCGCGUCGCCAGAAGGCUCCCAGGAGGUCGACUUUCACGCAUCAUCGGUCGACUCCUCGACGAGAUAUCGCACCCGUAACGACGACGGAUACGAGAUAGCCCUCAAAGUUUCCGAUAUGGCCGGCGAUCUCUACCAGGAAGUCAAGAAAUUGCGGGAAAUCAACCGAAUUCUGAAAGAAUUAGCGAACAGAGACGCGGCUUCGACGACACUCAAAUUUAUCGGCAGACUGCCGGCUAUAGAGGACGCUCAAUUCGCCGCUCAAAUUAUUAUUACUGAGAAACUGAGAGUUAAUGUACCGGUUGUUAACGCCAGUUGGAGCGCCGAUAAAACCAUUGCAUUCCAAGUCGCUGAUUUGGAUGAUAAAAUUUAUCUAAUUAGAACUGCCAACAAAACGCUUGCCGAUUCUCAAAUUGGUUUGGAAUAUUAAUUUUGUAAUUUAUACUAAAUUUGUUUCAACCGAUUGCUCAACUAAGUAAUACUUUGUACCUGAUUUUUCAUUAACUAUAGUAUGUAAAAUCUACAAUAAAAUAUUAGUAUGUAAUGUAUUAAACAAUUUAAACAUCGUGAGCUGAUUAUAACCCGAACAUAUUUUAGUUACCAUCUAGCUUAAAAAAUAGAUAUAAUAGCAUGCUAUAAUAAUAUUGGAAUAAACUUAAUACGCCUGAAGAUUUGAAUUAUAGUAGUAACUGUAAAAUC